AGUUUUUUUUUUGUGUGUGUGUCUCCCAAAAGUGAAAACUAUUCGUAGAAAUUUGUUUUCGCAAAAAACAACAAAGAACACGGAAGAAUUGUGAGAAAAAUUAUUUAUACAAAAUUAUAAAAAUGUCCAACAACGAUGAAUUAAUUGCACAAUUUACCGAAAUAACCGGUGCAACUGCCGAAUCUGCUAAAUUCUAUUUGGAAAGCAGUAAUUGGGCAUUACAGGAUGCUUUGUCAAAUUAUUUGACUAAUGCAGCCGAUGGAGACGAUGUUAAUGAUAUUGAACCAAACGAUGACGAUGAUUCCAUUUUAAUGCCGCCAACAAAUUCCAAUCGUACCGGGUCGUCGCAACAAACCGAUGAACCUUCAACUGCUAAGCCGAAUAAGAAAUCUGGAAGUUCUCGAACUACCAGACCAAAAAUUGCAACACUUCAUAAUAUGUCGCAGAAUUCGUCUAGCGACGAAGAGGGGCAAGCAUUCUAUGCCGGUGGCUCGGAGAGGUCUGGCCAACAAGUUCUUGGACCACCUAAGCGCAAAAAUUUCAGUGAAAAGCUCACUGAUAUGUUCCGUCAGGCUCAUGAACAAGCGCACGAACAUCCGGCACCGUCGACUUCAUCAUCGGGUGCCAGCUGGGGAGUUGGAUUGCGUCUGGGACAGACAGAAGAUGACCAUUCGGUGGUGAAUGCCGGUGCAAAGAAUGACAGUCGCAAGGCGCAGUCGGUUGUUUUGAAGCUUUGGAGCCAAGGAUUCUCAAUUAAUGAUGGUGAAUUGAGGCUCUACGAUGACCCUGAGAAUAAGGAGUUUUUGGAAACUGUUAUGCGGGGUGAAAUUCCAUCUGAACUGAUUGAAAUGGGAAGCAUGGUAAGUGUUGAUGUUGAGGACCACCGACAGGAAGACUUUAAAAGAAAAGUUAAGAAAGUUCAGACAUUCAAGGGAUCAGGACAGACCCUGGGAAGCCCUGCUCCAAAUGUAGUAGAAACAAAUGCUGUUGAUGCUCCAGAGGACGGUUCUUCGAAUGAAGAUAAUGAAAGUAAGGCUAAAGAGCAACUCAAUGUAAAGACCGGCGAACCUGUUACUCAGUUGCAGAUUCGUUUAGCUGACGGUUCGAGGAUUACAUCUCAAUUCAAUCUCACACAUACCGUAGGUGAUAUUCGUCAGUUUAUUGAAACUGCACGUCCACAAUAUGCCCAUCGAACUUUCAUUUUGGUAUCAUCGUUUCCUACGCGAGAAAUCGAUGAUGACACUGCAACUAUUGAGAAGGCUGGUCUAAAGAAUGCUGCUAUUAUGCAACGUUUUAAAUAAAGAUGGGCAGUUAGUGUGCUGGUCGCAAUCAUUCAACUUAUUCUUAUUUAAUAAUAACUUCACACAUUUGAACAUUAUUUAUUUAAAUUUAUGAAUGUUAAAUGUUUUUUUUUUCUCAUUUCUUAUGUUAAAAUCAGCUAGCGCUUUUUUAUAUAAACACAUUUACAAGUAAAAUAUGGUACAUUUGAUACAAA